AUGGAGGUGCAGUUCGACAAGAUAUCUCAUGAUUCCGUGGACAAGCUUGAAGCAUGGAGGGAGAGUGGAAAACUCGCAGAAGUGAAGUACACCGUCCAGCAGCUGAAGCGCGGACGUUUUUUUGCAUUGGUGACAUGCGAUGUCCACCAAUGCGGCUUCGUUGCCGGGGCUGGUCUUGCAGUUGGCAGUGAAGAUGCAAAGCAAUUGGCUGCCCAGCAAGCUUUGGAUCGGCUGUUUUUCCCAGACCAGCCCGUCCAGGAGAUUCGGCACUGUGCCAACACAAUGCGGACGAAUGAGGUUCACUCUGGAGCGCGCUUACCAGCAAUUCAGGCAGCUGAGACGCUGGUGGCCUUGGAUGGCAAGCUGGAGGAUGUACACGUCAGCGCCUUCCAGCCCUGCGGAAAGGCAUGGCAAGCUGCCAUUGCUUGCAAGUGCUUCGGUGUCCACGUCGUGGGGCCAGCUGCGGACUACGACCGCAAUGUAGCUAUAGCUUUGGCAGCCGAAACAUUUAUGAGCCGUUUGCGCUGGUACAUCCGCGUCCCCUCUGGCGACCCGCAUGAGCCUGAGAUGUGGAGCCAGACAUGGAGCCAGCGGGAGGCCUCGAUGGGCCAACCCUGGAGUGGAAGGACAAGCGUCCUGAAGCACGAAGUGCUUCGCCUUUCAGCGCUUGGGGGCCACAUGGGUGGCGAGGACGAAGUGCGGCGACUGCUGCCCACAGAAUACAACUGGAAGCUGUGGCAACGAAGUUUAAAGUCAAUCCAGGACAGGAGAUGCAGAAGGUGGGCCGCUGAACAGCAAGCCCAAGACGGCGCCGAGACGUCCACGCCCACCAGCCCAGCGGUGCCAGUGAGGCUCUUCCACCGUGUCUCCGAAGCGGAUGACCCGCGACGCGCUGAUAUUCGUGGAAAGCUUCCCAUCGAACAGAUUCGGGACAGCUUGGGGGAGGUGCUCAACUCGUCGCAAGUGUUGGUUGUAUCUGGCGGCACUGGAAGCGGCAAGACAACGCAGCUGCCGCAGUUCCUCCUGGACGACUGGGAUGCAGACCGAGCACCGAGGAUCGUUGUCACACAGCCUCGCCGGAUAGCUGCCAUCUCGGUAGCGGAGCGUGUCGCCUGGGAGCGUGGGCAGGCGGUCGGACAGUCUGUUGGAUAUGCCGUGCAUGGGAAUGCAGUCCGGCCAUCUGCCCGGGGCUCCAUCGAGUUCUUGACUGUUGGGACGUUGCUGCGACGAGCAGUGGACGACUCAUGCUUGCGGAAUUGCGAUGUGGUCAUUGUCGACGAAGUCCACGAGCGCGACAUGCUGACUGACUUCCUUUUGGUGCUGCUCCGCGAGGUUCUGCCAAGCAGACCAGACUUACGGCUGAUCCUGAUGAGCGCGACGCUAGAUGUACAGUCCUUCACCGACUACUUCGACUCUUGUCCCGUCCUUGAGGUGCAAUCUGAAACGCUCUUCCCCGUCGAGGAGGUUCAUCUUGAAGAUGGCUUCUUCACGGACUUCACCUAUACGCAUGCGCUUGUGAGCGUUGAGGACCGAGCGCGCGAGGCGGCAGAGGCCGCCGAGCAGAGCGAGGGCGAGGGUGCAGACCCCGAGAGCUCGUCGAGCCAGCGGAUGCUGUGGGGUGGGUAUGAUGGUGGCGAGAUCGACAAAGUACUGCACGUCAUGGACUCCUCGAUUUGCGCCGUUGUGCGGGAGAUGUCCGGCAGGAGCAGCAAAGACGUCAAAGGCUCUGUGCUGUGCUUCCUGCCUGGAUGGUCUGAAAUCAGGCAGCUACAGGAGCGGCUGAGCGAAGGAGAGCAGUCCAGUCAGAUCUGGGCUGUGCCUCUGCAUUCAACUUUACCCAAGGAGAGACAGCAACAAGUUUUCCAAAAGCCGCCCAAGAGCAGAGUGAAAGUCAUCCUGGCCACCAACAUCGCAGAGAGCUCCGUCACAAUCAACGAUGUGGAGGUUGUGAUUGAUUCCGGCCUGCAGCGCGAGCUAGCCUAUGAUGCCAAGCGGCGAAUGUCAUCGCUGGAUACAGUGUGGGUCUCGCAGAGCGGUGCGAUCCAAAGACGAGGUCGUGCUGGGCGAGUGCGGUCUGGGAGGGUGCUGCGAUUGUAUAGCCGCCAGCAGUUUUCGGCACUUCCCGCUCAGCCCUCUCCGGAAAUGCAGCGCUGCGACCUGGCCCAGAGCUGCCUGCAGGCUAUCGCGCUCGGACGGGACCCCCGCAAAUUCCUCGCCAGCGCGAUGGAUCAGCCAAACGUCGCAGCCGUGGAUUCGGCGAUGGAGCAGCUGGCGUCCAUCCGUGCCAUUAGCCACUCUGAUCCGGAACAGUGCCCGGUGAUGCUGCCCAUUGGCGAGGUGCUGGCCCGGCUGCCCUUGGAGCCCCUGUUGGGAAGGGCGGCAAUGCUGGGCUGUGUUCUUGGCAUUCCACAGCCAGCCGCAGCACUGCUGGUGGCCGCUGGUGGCCGGGCUCCCUUCAUUGGCAGCAGACAGGAGGUUGCCGAAGCUCAACGAGAGUUUUGCCGCUGGUCUGACCCGGUGGCUGCGGCACGAGCGCUUCUGGCCUGGGAGGAGCGGGCUGCUCAAGACGAAGCAGCAGCACAGAAGUGGGCCGAGAAGAAGGGGCUCAGUCCCAGCAGGUUGGCGGGUCUCGCACGAGACAAGGCAUACCUUCUCCGGGACAUGCAGCGUGCAGGACUCCUUCGUUCGGCGCCGACAGGCGCAAAGACUCAACCCGACCUUGUGGAGGAGUCGGAGGACAGCGCGGCCUUGCUGGAGACCCGCGGAGAGCUGGAAGAGGCACUCAUGAAAUUGGAGGAGGAGGUGCUGCAGAAGCAUGAUCAGCAACAGGAUGUGGCCUCACCGUCCAGCUCCAUCAGUGAUCUCCAGCUUGUGACCGUGCUGUGCAGCGCAUAUCCGGCCAACAUUGCCAUGCGGUCCCGGGACAAUUCCAACUGCUUUCAGAUCAGCAACCUUGGGACGGCUGUCAUGUCACCCGUGUCCGUCAACGCCGGAGGUGAGGAUGGAACAUGGUGGCUCUACGGGGAUGUUCAGGUGGGAGGAAACAGGUCCUUCAUGCACAGUACCACCCACGUAGAAGACUGGCAGCUCGCACUGUUCGGCGGCCUGCGCUACAAGGAGUCGGAAGACCAGAAGAGACACACCUGUAUGGUUUUGGACAACUGGCUGCAGGUUGGAGCCCGAGUAAGGCGAACGAACGAGCUGCUCCUCCAGCUACGGAAGCUGGUGAACGAUUCGAUCGCAUGGAAAGCUCUCGACGCGCUGGAUGGAAAUGGAAAGUGUGACGAUCUCUCGGAGACGGAAAUCUCGGAGGUGAAUGAGAAGUUGGUGCAGUGCGUGCGGUCCGUUCUCGGAGUGCUCGGAAGCACCACGGAGGACAUGAUGCAGGAUGCGGAUGACAACGACGUCGAGCCAGAAGUCGAGGGCGUAGACGAGGAGGGGCCGGAGGGAGAAGAGGUGGCCAGCAAGGAAGAGCUGUCAAACAUGACCAUCUCACAACUCAAGGAGCUGCUCAAGAACAAAGGCCUCAAAGUCAGCGGCCGAAAGGACGAGCUUGUGAGCCGACUGUGCAACUCCUUUGAAAGCGGGUAG